UUGAUUUACAUUAUGUUUUUUUUUAUUAUAUUCUUCUUCCCUCUUUCUUUUUCUUUUUAUUUUUUAUUUUUUUUAUUUUUAUUCUUCCAUCCAUUCAUUCUAUUACAACAUUCCCUAUUUUUUACAAUAACAAAUCAAACCAGUAAACAACAACCAUCUUAUUGUGUCUUGGAUUCAUGUCAAUUCCAGCCAAAUUACAGUGUCCUAUUUGUAAUCAAGAAUUCCCAGCUUUGGACCAACGUGGAUUCAGAAAUGCAGGUUAUACUUCACAUCACAAUAGGUGCAUUGAACGACAACAACAACAACAAAAUGAAUCUCAGCGUGAUCAUCCUUCUUCCCGUGCUGCAAGAUUUGCGUUGGCUAUUAGAAGACGACUUUUGCCUGCUCAACCUCCUUCGCCUAGUCUGAUGUUAGAUGGCCGUCGAUCCAGUGCAAGUACUCCUCUGACAUCUGUCUCUUCUCCUUUUUCUUCUUCGUCUUCUUCAGCUUUUACUUCAAAAUAUGAAAACAACCGUCGACGAAGAUCUUCGACAUCAACCUAUCAUACAUUUACUCCAACUGUGCCUUCUCAAUUACCAGUGUCUUCUCCUCAGCAUUAUCAACAAUCCACCCCUCGACACAGACAUACAUGGAAUCAUUGGCGUAGACGUAAACCUCAGCGAAGAUCCAAUAGUAAUCAGGCUACAUCAUCAUCAUCACCAUCAUCAACGUCUCCUACAUCCUAUUCUCGAACAGUCCGAUCUUAUCAUUCAUUGCCUACUAUGAAUCCACUCUCUACUGCAUCGACAUUUCCUUUAUUGACCACAAUAUCAACGGCCGAUUCUACUACAGCAUUGAUUAUUCCACAAACCAUGUCUCCACAAUUACCAGUGUCCACUUUACCUUUGGUUGGUUCCGACAGAUCUCCAUUCAUAUUUACUUCGAUGCUUACUAGUUUACCUUUGGAUGGCUCUCUCAUCUCCCCAUCAAGUACUGAAUCCACAUCUACUCAAAGUAAUAAUAAUUUGAACAUUGAUUAUAUCAGUAACUUGAACAAUGAAAAUAGUACGACUCAUCAAGAAACUAUGUUGACGACACCGGUGGAAUCAAUGAUGGAUGAAUCAUGGUGGCCUUUGGAACAUUAUGGACCUAGUAGUAGUAGUAGUAGUAAUAGUAAUAGUAUACCUCAACAACAAUCCUUUCAGUAUCCUGUAUUUGACCAUUUGACAUCUAUUGGAACGACAACCAUUCUUCAGAAUCAACAUAGUGAAUGGCAACAGGAUCAACCGCAACAAGAUCAACAAUUACAUAUGAUGGAAAGAUUCAACAUGAUGCCUGAUCGUUUACAAUCCAACUUUGCAACAUCAUAUCCAUUGGAUGAUCAACAUCAGCCAGUCACUUAUUGUCAAUACUGUCAAUCUCAAAAUGGAUUACAUGAACCUUCCUGCAGCUUAUUACUUUAUUUUAUGAUGAAUAUUAUGGGUGGCAAUACAAAUGAUACCUCUUCUUCUAUAUGAUGAUCCAAGUGCCUCUCUCCUUUUAUGUAGUUACCUUUAUUUUUUUAUCCAACUUCUUUUUUUUUUAUGCUCAACUAUCUUCUUUAGGUUUUUUUUUUCUUUAUUGUUAUUACUAUUAUUAGAUGAUUAUGUGUCCCCCUUUUUUUUACGGUAGUAUGCCUAUUUUUUUGUUUUUUUGUUUGUUUUAUGAUUAUGCACAACCUUUUUUUUUUAAUUCAUUCAUACUUUUUUUUUCUUUAUAUAUGACGUAAUAUAAUAAAAAGAAACAUCUUAUUCUAUAUGAUAUAAUAAU